GGAGAUAAAUUACCAAAGAUGGUUCUGCAGGAUAAUACUGGUAGUGAUGUGGAGGUUUCUAAACUUGCGGAGGAAGAGGGUGUGGUGAUUUUCCUGUAUCCCAAGGCGGACACACCAGGAUGCACCACUCAAGCCUGCGGGUUUCGAGAUAGUUUUGACGAAAUCAACUCUUUGGGAUAUCAAGUAUACGGAUUAUCGAAAGACAAACCAGAGGCUCAACAGAAGAAGUGGAUCAAAAAGAAAGAUCUCAACUUCAAAUUACUAUGCGACCCAGAAAGCAAGUUGAUUAAGCGACAGCUGACGAGUAGCACCAAACGCUCUCAUUUUAUCUUUGAGAAAGGGACGGGUAAAUUGGCUGAUAUAGCCAUUGGCGUCAAACCGGCGGACGAGUAG